CUUCUUAUAUGUCUUCUUCUUCUUCCUCUUCUCCCUCCAAAUAAAGAUUUUUCUCUACAUCAACUUCUAGGGUUACUGGAAAAGUGUCUCCAUGAGCCAUUUUGAUUAGGGUUCCUGUCUGACUGAGACAGAAAAAUGCAUCUCCAUUUGCUGCUUCCGCUGCUGAUUUUUCCUCUGUUGUUUUUCGGAGUUCUGGGUUCCGAAGAUGAAGUCCGCUCGCUUUUGGAGUUUAAGAAGGGGAUCCGUGAUGAUCCACUCGGGAGAGUUCAUAACUCUUGGGACCGCAGUUCAGUGGGAGCCGACGGUUGCCCUCGGACCUGGUAUGGUGUUGUUUGCGACGAUAUUACUGUUUCCGUCACAGCUCUUGUUCUCGAGGACCUGAAUUUGUCUGGAGAAUUGAAGUUCUCUACGUUAACUGGGCUGAGAAUGCUGAGGAAUCUGAGUCUCUCUGGGAACUUCUUCAGUGGCCGUCUGGUCCCAUCGAUGGGUGGGAUGACUUCUUUGCAGCAUUUAGAUCUGUCCAGGAAUCAGUUCUAUGGUCCGAUCCCUGCUAGGAUUAACGAUCUCUGGGAUUUGAACUAUCUCAAUCUCUCUUCCAAUAACUUUACUGGUGGAUUCCCGAGUGGAAUCAGAAAUCUUCAGCAGUUGAAGGUCCUGGAUUUGCAUUCUAACCGACUUUGGAGUGAUAUUGGAGACUUGUUGUCUGAGUUGGGCAAUGUCGAACUUGUCGAUUUGAGCUUUAAUAUGUUCAGUGGGGGGCUUUCUUCUUUGGGUGCGAAUAACAUUUCUAGCUUGGCGAAUACGGUUCAGUAUGUGAAUAUGAGUCACAAUAAAUUGAAUGGGGAAUUCUUUUCGGUUGAUUCAGUUAAGUUGUUUAGGAACUUGGACGUUUUGGACCUCGGUGACAAUCAGCUUACUGGACAGCUCCCGUCAUUUGGCUCACUGUCUAACCUUCGAAUUUUACGGCUUGGAAACAAUCUGCUAUAUGGAUCCAUACCAGAAGAGCUGCUGGGGAAUUCUAUUCCGCUGGAAGAACUGGAUCUCAGCAGCAAUGGGUUUUCAGGUUCAAUUCAGGAAAUCAACUCUACUGUUUUGAAGGUUUUGAAUCUUUCGUCAAAUGUGCUAAUGGGAUCACUGCCUUCUACGUUGGGAGGUUGUAUAAUUCUGGAUUUGAGCAAAAACAUGAUCUCUAGUGACAUAUCCACAGUGCAAAAUUGGGGGAACAGUCUGGAGGUUAUUGAUUUGAGCUCAAAUUCUUUGUCAGGCAGCUUUCCAAAUCAGACUUCCCAGUUUCAGAGGUUAACUUCUAUUAAGAUUAGAAAUAGUUCCUUAUCAGGUGGCCUACCUCUUGCAUUAGGGACCUAUCCUAGUCUUUCUACAGUUGACUUCAGCUUGAAUGAACUUACGGGGCAUAUUCCAUCUAGUUUCUUCACCUCAUUGACCUUGACAAACCUGAAUCUUUCUGGGAACCGCUUUACAGGGUCAAUUCCUGUUCAAGGCCCACACACUACUGAGUUAUUAUUUUUACCUUCUUAUUCGAAUAUGGAAUCCCUUGAUCUCUCCAGUAAUUCAUUAACGGGCUCCUUGCCUUCCGGAAUAGGUGAUAUGGGGAGGCUUAAGUUGCUAAACCUUGCGAAGAACAGCUUAUCUGGACAGAUACCAAGUCAACUUAGUAAACUUAAUGGCUUGGAGUACCUUGACUUAUCCAGCAAUCAUUUCAAGGGUGAGAUUCCUUAUAGGCUUCCAUCGACUCUAAAGUUCUUCAAUGUGUCCUAUAAUGAUCUCUCUGGUCCUGUUCCUGGAAAUUUGAAGCAUUUCCCCCCCACUUCAUUUCAUCCUGGAAAUCCCUUACUCUCCCCAAACGGCAUGGCUGCACAGAACAGUGGAUCUGGGGGUUUUCAUGGUAGUGGGCAACAUCACAGUUCAAAAACUAGUAUCAGAGUAGCAAUUAGUCUUGCUUCUGUUGGGGCAAUGGUGAUGAUUGUCUUUGUUUUACUGGCAUAUUAUCGAGGGCACUUGCAAGAGUUUCCUAGAAGAAGUGGAGUUAGUGGCCAAACUAUGGGGAGGGAUAUUAAGCUGGGAAGGUUUACUCGUCCAUCCCUUUUCAAUUUCCACAAAAAUGUUGACCCCCCUCCAGCUUCGUUAAGUUUUUCAAAUGAUCAUUUGCUAAAUUCAAAUGCAAGGUCAAUGUCUGGGUUCGUAAUUGGAACCGCAGAGCAUGGUUUAACUGAGGGAAUAGAAGCAGGCCAAGAUUCUAUAAAACCUGACCUUUCAGAUAAUCAUCCUCCAACCUCUGGAAGGAAGUCUUCACCAGGUUCCCCCUUGUCUUCCUCACCCCGUUUUAUUGAGGUGUGCGAGCAACCGGGGAUGUUAAAUGUGUACUCACCAGAUCGAUUAGCCGGAGAGCUAUUUUUCCUAGACAAUUCAUUAUUAUUCACAGCUGAGGAAUUGUCUCGAGCACCAGCGGAAGUUCUUGGGAGAAGCAGCCAUGGGACUUUAUACAAGGCUACCCUAGAUAAUGGACAUAUUUUGACUGUGAAGUGGUUGCGAGUAGGUCUUGUCAAACAUAAGAAAGAAUUUGCUAAGGAAGCUAAAAAAAUUGGAUCUAUUAGACAUCCAAAUAUUGUUCCUCUAAGAGCGUAUUAUUGGGGGCCCAGAGAACAAGAAAGGCUGAUUCUAGCAGAUUAUAUCCAUGGAGAUAGCUUGGCCCUACAUCUCUAUGAGACUACUCCUCGCAGGUACUCACCAUUGUCGUUUAGUCAAAGACUAAAAAUUGCAGUUGACGUUGCUCUUUGUCUUACUUACCUCCACGAUAAAGGCCUCCCUCAUGGCAACCUAAAGCCAACAAAUGUACUCCUAGUGGACCGUGAUUUUACUGCUCGCCUCACAGAUUAUGGUCUCCAUCGUCUCAUGACACCCGCUGGCACUGCAGAGCAGAUCUUAAAUUUGGGAGCACUUGGGUACCGGGCCCCUGAGGUUGCAACUGCGGCCAAACCAUUACCAUCAUUUAAAGCCGAUGUGUAUGCAUUUGGAGUGAUACUGAUGGAAUUGUUAACUAAAAGAAGUGCUGGUGACAUUAUUUCUGGCCAGACGGGUGCAGUCGAUCUUACAGAUUGGGUUCGACUUUGUGCCCAUGAAGGACGAGGAACGGAGUGCUUUGAUAGAGACAUUGCUAGUGGGGAAGAACCUACUAAGGCGAUGGAUGAAUUGCUUGACAUAUCACUGAGGUGUAUUCUUCCUGUAAAUGAGAGGCCUAACAUCAGACAAGUUUUUGAGGAUCUGUGUUCUGUAUCUGUUUGAACUGUACAUGUUUCUUGGAAUAGGUUUUUUGACUUCAUUGUUUUCUAUUUUUUCCCUUCCUUGAUUGGGUCCCAAGCCUUGUGAUCUAGUCUAAUCUUCAAUUUUUUAACCUCUUUGAUGUAAAGGAAUGAUUGAUCAAUUGAUUGAUUGAUUUAUUUGAGAGCUUGAA